AUGUCUGUGGUUUUGGUACUGCUGUGUCAGCUGCCAAUAAUGUUUGCAUUUCCUCAUUGCACAAGAAGAUUAAAGGAUUCAAAGCAUACAGGGAAAGAAGUGUUUACAUCGGAAAAAGAAGCCAAUUUGUUUAUUGGACGACAUCUUCUGUAUAACAGAUUUGAUUUUGAAGUAUUUACCCCUGGUAAUCUAGAAAGAGAAUGCUAUGAGGAGCAAUGCAAUUAUGAAGAGGCAAGAGAAAUUUUUGAAGACCCUGAUAAAACGAUGACUUUUUGGAAAGAAUAUUCCAUUAAGGGACCCAGCACAAAAUUCGAUGGUGAAGCUACACAAAAAAUUGAUGUUACAGGACUUCUGACUGGCCUAGUUGCUACUGGAGUUCUGUUGGUUUUAACUGGAUUACUUAUUUAUUAUUUCUGGAAAAACAGAUGCAAAGCAAGACAACCACCCGGGUACUCAGACAGUGUAAGAAGUAGAAGACAUUCAUCUAUCAUCUUCAGAAGACAUGAAGAGGUUUCUUUAAAUCCACUCCCUCUAAGAACAGAUGAUGAAUCAGGACUGCCAACUUAUGAAGAAGCUGUGACAUUAGGUGGAAAAUACGAUGUCCCACCACCACCAUAUCCGGGGCCUGCAAAAGGGUUUAAGAUGUUUAAAAAGUCUAUGUCACUUCCUGCCCCAUAG